UCGUACUCCCCGCGACAUUCACAUUUGUCUUGUGAGUGAAAGAGCAAACAAUUUUAUAAAGAACAACCUGCGCCGUUUGCCUCAAAAUGCUUAAAAAGAAACCAGUUAGCGGAGAAAAGAAGAGGAAACACACACAGUCAGAGGAACGACGUGACAAAGAUGAACGUAGAAGCAAGGAACCAAACGUGCAGCUGGACUCCAAGGAUGAACUUGCUGACGCAGAGCUGGACAGGGUCAGCAGUGACAUUGAAGAGGGGGGACUGGACCUGAACCUGCCAUUUCGACCCAUCACUUCUUAUGUGGCUGAAAAGCACGAGAUGUUAGAGCAGUGUUUCCGCGUUCUGGGGGAGAAGAAGCUGCACAAGAUGCUGCCUGAUGAGCUGAAGGAAAUUACUUCAGAGGAAAUCAAAAAACUAUGUUGGGAACAACUGGAGCCAAUCUCUGAGAGAAAUCUGAUUCAGAUCUUAGCAGGAGAAGAGGUGACAUCUGGAAAUGGGAAUGAAAACUCUAAAGAGACCCUGGAAAGCCAACAAGAUAAUAAUGUUGACUCUACAUCUUGCCUGAAAGAAACAGCAAAAAGUGAGGAUACUAAACAAGAGGGUGGUGGCUCAGGUGAGGAGAGUGAUGUCCUGAGCAUAAACGCAGACACUAAUGACAGUGACAUAGAAGGACCCAAAGAGGAGCAGACUGUUAAAGCUGUGGAAAAGCCAGUAAAAAAAGAAAAUGGCAGCGGAAAUGUCGCUGACCCGUCUUUAACGCCUGACCCAGCACAGCCAGAGCCUCCCAUUGACUCUCCGGCAACUGAAGUAAAGAAAGACAUUCAGAGUGACAUAGACAAAAGUGUCAGUGAGAUCUUAGCCCUUUCAUCCUCUUCAAGUAAAGAGGUAGCUCUCAAAGAGAGUACACCACCUCAGUCUGCAGAGGUCACUUUAUCUGUUGAAGCUUCAACCUGUGCCCCUGCAUCUUGUCAGCCGUCCAUUCAACAACUGGCACUUCUGGAGUUGGAAAUGAGGGCCAGAGCCAUCAAAGCUCUGAUGAAAGCAGGUGACAAGAAAACCACUUCUGUGGCCAAAAACAUCUGAACAUGGUUUAUUUUUGUUUAUGUCUUGUGUGGUUUACAAUGGUGCAUCUUGUUUGAUUUUGAACAUGUUUUUAUUAUUACUCCAUAUUGGAAUGGUGUUACAGACUGUUAAAAGCCAAAUUAAACAUUGAAAGACA